AUGUCUGCCACGACGACUGCGCCGAGCGCCGCCUCGCUCUCGUCCUCGCCCUCGCCCACCAACACCGGCUCUUCGGGGGGCAGCGGUCCCACCAGUUCACCUCUUCUGUUCUUUGUCGCCCUGGGUUUCGGUGUCGUCUUUACGAACCUCUGGAUCAUUGUCGGCGUCAAGUAUUGCUUCCGCUACAACCAACGCAAUCGCCAACGCGCACUCGGCGAAGAUGGCAACCCAAUCGAUCUCAUGGCAAUGCCCCGUCCCCACAGACGUCGCAGAGAAAAGAAGCUCAUGACCAUGGACGACGUCAACGAUCGCUUCCCGCUCACAAAGUACAAGAUCUGGAGAGCCUCGCGCGAGGCUAACGGCCUGUCCACUGCUGGCGGUGUCAGUGCCGCUCCGAGUCGCGCUCCCAGCAUCAGACACUCUACACCAACAGAUACCCCCGCUUCUCCCCGUACCACUCUCGAACUGGCCCAGCAACAUCAUGCCACGGCCACUACCGCCGCCUCCUCCGCCGCCCCUGUCACUACUUACGACAAGGUUCCGCUAGAGAAGACCGAGACUGUGGCAUCCUCGAUCCACGAACACGAUCACGAGUCCGACGACGAAGACGAUCCCAUCCGCACCGCUGCCCCACCUGAGAUGGUUGCACCUCCGGGAGACACAUGUGCCAUCUGUCUGGAUAACCUCGAGGAUGAUGACGACGUCCGCGGUCUUAGCUGCGGCCACGCCUUCCAUGCUGCUUGCCUUGAUCCUUGGCUCACUUCCCGCCGUGCUUGUUGUCCCUUGUGCAAGGCCGACUACUACGUUCCAAAGCCUCGUGCUGCCGACGACGCUGAUGACACUGGUCGUAGGGAGCGCGGCAUGCGUAUGCCUCAAGGUCCUGCCGCCGCUUGGAUCGGCGCUCGCAGAUCAGCCAACACGGGCAGGAGGCGUAUGAUGCUUGCCGGCCCACGCUUCAUGAACGCUGAGCCCCAUACCGAUCAGCAUGGCUCUCCGCACGUCGUACAUCGAGGUCCGGCUCCAGGAGCGGGAGUCCGAUCCGACGCUCAAGGUGGCUGGCUCAGCAGAUUGCCUCGAUUGUCAAACCCUCUACGACGUGGCAACGUCUCCAACACGGCGCAUGCCAACACCACUCCUACACCUGGUGAUCUGGAAGCUGGUACUUCGAGAUAG